AAAAUGUGAAGUAAACAACAUACUACUUGUCCUUAUCACUUUCAGUCCUUCCUUGCAAUGCUCAUUCGAUUUCAUCUUUUAGUUAACGUACUACAAUGUUACUCUCGGGUUUUUUUUUAGUGAAAAUUUUUAAUGUAAGCUAACUUGAAGAAAUUUUAUGUUGCUCCUCAGACCAUCACCAUCAUCUUGUAAUGUUUGGCACAUUUCUUAAAACCACGUCAUGCCUCUUAGUCGAUUAGAUCAAAUCUAUAGGUCUGUCCUUUUAUCAAAGUACUUCGUGGAAGGAUGGGGCAAACCAGAGUCUCUUAAAAGGUUAUGUGAGUUUCGGAAAAUUGUCUCCAAUCGUGAAACCUGUUACAAGUUAGUGGAACCUGACUACCCUGUUACCAUUACCAAGGAGGAAAGUUGGUCAGAUUGCCAAGUCCUUGAAGGAUACUUUAUUUCUCCUUUGGUCCAGUAUUUGCCUGGAAUCGUACCACCUGAAUCUGAAAAGGCUCAUUUUCAACUGAUUCUUCCUAAAACAUGGAACCGACCAGACUUCAAACCAGUUUGUCUCCAUAUGGCCGGCACAGGAGAUCAUUAUUAUUGGAGGAGAAGAACAAUCUUAGCAAAGCCUCUACUGAAAGAGGCCAAUAUUGGUUCCAUCAUCAUAGAAAAUCCUUUUUAUGGUCUCAGGAAACCAAAAGAACAGUUACGUUCCAUUCUUCGAAAUGUUUCUGACAUCUUUGUGAUGGGAGGUUGUUUAAUUUUAGAGUCAUUAGUUUUAUUUCAUUGGUGCCAAAAUAUGGGCCUAGGACCUUUAGGUGUUACUGGCUUGUCAAUGGGAGGUCAUAUGGCUUCCUUAGCUGCAACCACAUGGCCAAAACCCAUCGUGUUAGUACCAUGUCUUUCUUGGUCAACUGCAUCUGGUGUUUUCACUGAGGGCGUACUCAGUAAUGCGAUCUGUUGGGAUUUACUGGAAACUCAAUAUCAAGAAAAUGAAUCUCUAAGAAUAGAAGUACAGAAAAUGUUGUCUUGCAUUGAUCCCAAUUUCAUAGCUGGUCAAAUAUUUGCGAAACAGUACAAUGAAAAUUUAAUACAUAGCGAUCAUCCUAUGAGCACCGUAGACCCUGUCAGUGACUUCAAAGUAACCACUAAUCUGAUCAAAGAUAGUGACCUGAAAGCUGCAAGUAUUGGUCUAUCACUGAGCAAGCCAGAGUUGGCCUCAAAGGUGAAACCAUCGGGGCUCAGUCAAUAUCUCAAACUGCAGGACAUGAAAAUUUUGAAUACUGAUGAGUAUUUGAAAGUACUCAAGUCUGUCACUGAUAAAUUAGCAGUGUUAUCUGAUUGGAAAUCAGGGAAAGGAAUGAGCGAGGAACAAAAAGAAGCCCUGCAGUUCAUGCGCGGGAUUAUGGAUGAAUUCACUCAUCUGACUCAGUUCAGCACUCCUGUAGAUACAUCUUUAAUAACAGCAGUAUGUGCUAUUGAUGACGGCUAUGUACCUCGAGAUGGUGUAAUGGACCUGAAAGAUAUCUGGCCGGAAGCUAAAAUUGUUUAUGUGAAUGCUGGCCAUGUUUCAGCUUUCGUUUUGCAUCAAAAAACUUUCAGGCAAGCAAUCAUCGAUGCCUACGAGAAAGCGAGAAUUAAGUACCAUUCAAGCUGACAAGGAGAUUCAUGGCAUUCAGAAUUUGCUUAGUGAAAAAUAUUUCCUCAGUCUUAGGAAAAUUGUACAAGCACACUAAACUUCUAAUCAUUCAGAAUGGCUGUCAUCGAGACUCUGGAAUAUCCAAAUCAAUUUGGCAAGUGGGCGUGGCCGUGUAAUUGACAAGGGCAGGCCAAUUUUCGACUGUCGGGUAGUUAUUCUGGUUGAAGUUUCCUGUUAUUUUGAUAUUGUUGGCAUUUUUUCAACUAAGAUAGCGAAACGUGUUUUCUUGAAGAAAGAAUCAUCCUCUUAAACAUGCAAUGCACUGUAAUCAACUAAUAUUUGCAUGCAGUUGAGUGUUGUAUUUUCUAAAGAUACUCAUGUAUUUUUCACUUUAUAGUACUUCCUGGUGCUCUACGAUCCCUUACUGCCAUUGUUCUACAUUAAACCAUAACUCUUCGAAAAUUUUGCACGUAGCAUUUUGGAUUAAAUACCAUCUUUAGACCCUGUUCACCAGUGGAGCUAAAUCUAAGACACUUCUCGGCAACCUGUCCUCUGCCACUCUUUGUGCAUAACCAUAACAUAUUAGUUGUUUCUUUAACAUUAAUGAUGGUGCAUUUGGUAGCCAUGAUCUCCCAUAGUAUCUCUCUAAAUGGGAUUUCCUAGGGAAAUACUGGGUAAUCUGUGCCAGAAAUCCAUCUCUGUUGCUUCUAAAACCUCAAGGAUUUCUCAUUGAUAAACAGUAUUUUUCCUUAACUGAAUUAUCGGGAGUUUUGUUUAGUUUUUCUGUUUACACCAGUGUUUGCAAUUUUGAAAAAGAGAUUUUCUAGCAUUGCUUCCCUUCUCUAAGCUGAUAAAAUUUUUCUUAUAAAUGUUUUCUAUGCCAUGACCUGACUAAGUCCCUCUAGUAAUAUUGAAGUUCAAAUUUUCCAAGCUGUUUUUGCAAUGGAAGUAAGUACUCACAAUUAUUAAAAUGAUCUUCCUCCAGAUUUGUUAAUUUUGAUCAGCAUUUAAUGAUAACCUCAACUGUACCUUUUGGUAAAGCAACUUUUAAACCUCAUGCUUUUUUCCCCCUAACUGCUAACCUGUGUUCAUAUUUAAUUUAUUCUUGAUUGAAAACUACAAAACUCUUCCUUUGUGUUUUUCGCAUAAUGUGUAUUGUUUUAAGACAGUAUGAUCAGGGAUCAGAUAACAAGUAAAAAUUUGAUAUUUCACAUACAUGUUCUCUCUUUGAGCUCAAAUGGAAAUAGAUUAGCAUUUCUUGGAAAAGUCAAAGAUCGAAUAUCAUUGUCAAGGUCCUUGCAAAGCUCCUUAGCAAAGCAGAAGCAUACUAAUAGGACAAAUCAAUCAAAUGAGAUACACUUAUUUCUCACAACAAUCAAUGAUUUUCUUUAAUGCCUUUUACCGCUAAUGAAGAUAUUAAUGGUACGGUAUCCUUUUAAUUUUAAUGGAAAAUAUUAAGUGCUUGGCAAGAUCUGGCUGGAGUUAAGUAACAGAUGCUCGCAGAGUUUUGACAAAUACCUAUGUGCAGCAGUGUCGGACUGCCUCUGUUUUGAUAAGAACGCUCCCAAAAUUGGAAGAAGGCAAUCAGCAGGACCAUCAGAGAAAGGAAAGGAUUGCUUGUAAAAACUCUGAAAAAAUAUAUGCCAAGGCCACUGUCUCGACAGUUGCUGUUUGUCUUCAAUUUGAUGAAGGGCCUCAACACAGAAUUACAUCAAACUCACCUUCCAUAUUACUAAAUUCAAGCAAAGUGUACCCAUCCACUAAAUAGAUACUUUGAUUUUAAAAAUGCUAGAUUAAAAUGCGUCACUAUUGCUUAGUUCUAUCCAUUUAAAACUCAGGAAUGCCUCGUGAUAACUUUUCAUCGUGCCCCUUUCGCAUCCUUUGAAAAAUUCGAAUCACUGAGUAUCUGAGCUACUGCUAUUCUCUUCUCUCCGUUUAAGAAGUCCCAGGGUAAGAAAACGCACCUUUUUUUUUCUUCUUCUUUUUAAAAAAAAAAAAAUGCCUAAUAUCAGCACAUGAUGCAGCUCUACCUUGAUUAGAUUGUAACUUGCAUCUAAGUUUCAUCCUUUUUAUAAUGUUUUCCUCAUCAAGUUAUACGAAAAAUAGCUAAUUUUGUUGGCCGAUCAAUGAGGCCAAUGUUUAAUUGGUAUUUCAAAUUUAGAGUUAUCUUGAAUUCUUCGGACAAAACAGCUCUCUUCCCUCUCCCAUAAGUAUACAGGAAAGAGUACCAAGAAUUUUACCAAGUCAUACUCAUUUUUACCCUUUUCUAAUUUAUACCCAUUUCUUCUAUACUUUUCUCUAUAAUUGACACUGCAGUAAUCAAGUACAAAUUUUAAGUAGAUAUAUUUUCAACCAAUCGGAGUUCUUAUCAUCUCAUUCAUUCUUACUCUAGAGAGCAUUACAACGGUGAAAUUCCAGGAACUCGUGUGCUUCCUUUCAUACUUACUUUUUUAAUGGAAUAAUACUGAACGUCCUUUCUUGAAACCUAACCUAAUUUUUCCUCUCUUUGUGAAGAAUAAUCUUUGAAGAUGCCAAGCAAUAGCUUUGUUUUGCUCUCCUUUGAUAACAUAGAAUGGAAGCAAAGUUUGUGAAACAUCCCAAACAGGAGGCACAAUUCUGCAAUUUCACCAUCCAUUAGUUAUUUUUCUUUAUGAAUCAGUUAGUUUUAUCUUGUGCUCCUCUAUUAAAACUGAAUGUUCUUUUUUCUAGCCUCUGUUCCCUAUUAGAAGGAAAUAACAGACAUUUUUAACAAAUGAUUGUUAGAACAUGAGUUAACUCCUUUCACUAUGCUCUCAGAUUUACUGAAUCCUUCUUUGUUUUUCUAUUUUCUCAAAUAAUUUUGUUCAAUCUUGAAUUAUUUUUCGAUACAAUUUAUUGUGAUAUGAUUAUUCCUAAGGUCUACUCCUCGAAUUUAUUUAUGAAUUGUUUUAAAUACCUAUGCAUGUGUACAAAUAGUUCAUUACAAUCAUUGUCUGUUGUAAUUUCACUAUGUAUGGAACAUUAAAUGCAAUGUGAUAAAUCGUUAAA